AUGUCUUCGCUUACAAAGAUGGAAAUAUCCUGGGAAUUCCGUAUUAAAAACGACUGUCCCUUUAGUGUAUGGGCACGGACCCUGGGCAAGCAGGGUCACUACAACCCAGAAGGUGGUCGGUUCACACUAACUACAGGUGCCUCCCAUAACUUCAACAUUAACCAGGGCUGGGCCGGGCGUAUAUGGGCCGACACCCUGUGUCAACCGGACGGUUCCCAGUGCAAAACGGGUGAUUGGGGUACGGCUACCACGCUGGGCGAGUGGAACCUUGCUGCAAAAACCGGUGACAUGGACUGGUAUGAUAUUAGCCUGGUAGACGGCUAUAACGUGGGUAUGCGUAUCACACUGAUACCCGGCACAUUUGAUAAACAAGGUCAAGAUCGUUAUAACUGCGGGGAACCGGUAUGUAUAGAGGGUAUGCUGGCUCAAUGUCCUGGGGAACUGGCGGUCAAGGAUGACGAUAAGACUAUAGCGUGUAUGAGCGCCUGUACUAAGUUUAAAUCGGAAGCAUCGUGA